UUUCUAAAUAUAUAAACCCAAUAAAUUCAACUGUAAACAAGAUGCUAUCGUGAGAUACGGAAGGAAACGUUCGAUAUUAAAACUGAAGUGGUUAUAAAACGAUACAUAAUGUGUAUUAAGCUAUUCAACUUGAUUAUUUUGAACAAAAAAAUCAAGGUUCAGUGUUACGAUAAAAAAUAAACAAACAAUCGUUCUUUUAGGCCUAUCUACUGUCAUCGGUUAACGAGUCAAAGUCUAAUCACGAAUUACUGUCGUUAUUUCGUCCGGAUAUGUGUAUUGGCCAACACCAUUCUCAUCGGGAUAAGAUAUAGCAGGUAAAUUCUUCCAAGAUGGUGCAGUAUCGGUGUAUAUGCCUCUUCUUCACUGCAUUCAUACUUGGACAUGUUUCUGCAAAUGGGUUCGAGAAGGAGCUUGAACACUUGAAACCAAAAGCUAGUGCUUCAAUACAAACAUCUGCAGCACAAGAAGUUUUACAGAGACUUAUUCCAAUGCGAUACCGUGAUUUCACAGUUGUCGUUAACUCAUCGCUUAGCGGGAAUAAUCUCGAUACUUUUGAGAUAUCUUCUAACGGAACCCAUGUAAAUGUGACUGGUACGACCGGAGUGGCUGUGGUGUGGGGUGUCCAACAUUACCUUGUUCACUACUGUAACUGUCACAUCUCUUGGAGCGGUGAUCAAUUACAUCUACCACCGGAUGGGCAGUGGCCCUUGAUACAUUCUCCGUUGAAGGUUACCAGUCCAAACAGAUUUCGGUUCUACCAGAAUGUUUGCACUGUCAGCUACAGCUUUGUCUGGUGGGAUUGGGAGCGUUGGGAGAAGCACAUCGACUGGAUGGCACUGAACGGUAUCAACCUUCCACUGGCUUUCAAUGGACAGGAAGCUAUCUGGCAGAAGGUCUACCUGAAGAUGGGACUCCAACAGGAGGACCUUGGUAAACAUUUUGGUGGACCAGCAUUUCUGGCAUGGGCACGAAUGGGUAAUAUCGAUGGAUGGGGUGGACCACUACCCCAAUCCUGGCAUACAAAACAGCUUGCUCUCCAACAUCGUAUAUUGAAGAGGAUGAGGGACUUGGGAAUGAUUCCUGUACUACCAGCUUUUGCUGGACAUGUCCCAAAAUCAUUUUCAAAAGUGUUCCCGAAUUCAUCUACUUCAGACCUAGGAGAUUGGGGACAUUUUGAUUCGGAAUACUGCUGCACAUCUCUAUUGGAUCCCCAGGACCCUAUGUUCAAGGAAGUUGGGAAGGCAUUCAUUGAAGCUAUGACCGAGGAAUUUAAUGGUACUGAUCAUAUCUACAGUGCGGACACUUUUAAUGAGAACAGACCAAAAUCAAGAGAUUCUGGUUACCUCUCAGCGGCUAGCAAGGGGGUUUAUCAAGGUAUCAUUGGUGGGGAUCCUAAAGGGGUGUGGCUCAUGCUGGGAUGGCUAUUUCAAGAUACAUCAUUUUGGGGUCCCACCCAAAUCAAGGCUCUGCUUCACGGUGUGCCCAUUGGGCGCAUGAUAAUCCUGGAUCUCUUUGGAGAUGUCCGUCCGUUCUACAACACAACCAAAUCCUUCUAUGGUCAGCCUUUUAUUUGGUGCAUGCUCCAUAAUUUUGGCGGAAAUACUGGUCUCUAUGGCAAGCUUGAUGCCGUUAAUCAGGGCCCUUUCGCAGCCAGAAAUUUUGAGAACAGCACAAUGAUUGGCAUGGGUUUGACGCCAGAGGGAAUCUUUCAAAACUACGUCAUGUACAACUUUCUAACUGACCUGACUUGGAGAGCAGAGAGCACCAAUGUUACACAAUGGAUUGAGCAUUAUGCACAAAGACGAUAUGGAUACACCUCCACUAACAAGAGCGAGGAAGCCACUGAAGCUUGGGCCAUCCUGCAAGAAACUGUUUACAACAACAGGGAUACUUUUAAUGACCAUCAGAGCGCUGUUGCUGUCAGGAGACCGUCCAAUAUUAUGACACAAACAAUUUGGUACGAUUACACCAAGGUUGCAAAGGCAUGGAACUAUCUUCUUCAGGCAUCGAAUGAAUUAGGUUCAAGUUCACUGUUCAGAUACGAUUUAGUGGAUGUGACACGAAAUGUUCUACAGGAUUUAGCAUUUGACUUCUACAAGAAACUUAUGGAAUCCUUACGCGCAAACAACUCCUUAGCUGUCAGGAUUAAUGGCAACCUAUUGUGUGAUGUGAUUCUUGAUAUGGACAACAUAACUUCCUCUCAUCAAGACUGGUUACUAGGAACAUGGAUAGAGGACGCCAAGUCAUUAGCAACCAAUGAUGAUGAAGAAACACUGUAUGAAUACAAUGCAAGAAAUCAGAUAACUCUGUGGGGGCCUACAGGAGAAAUUCUUGAUUAUGCAAAUAAGCAGUGGGGAGGAUUACUUCGAACGUAUUAUUAUCGUCGGUGGCAACUCUAUAUACAAUACCUAGAGGGGUGCAUACUUAACCACCAGCCUUAUGACCAGAAUAAAUUUAACAUGAUAUCUUUUACUUCGGAGAGCAGGUGGACUCACAGCAGAGAUAAAUUUCCAACAAAACCGCUUGGAGAUACGGUGGCGAUAUCCAAAGGGCUUUACAAAAAAUAUGAGCCGUUUAUCAAGGAGUCAAUGAUGUCAGGCAUAUAUAAAAAGAGAAUGAAAGAUGAAUUGAACCAACGCGUCACCAAAGAAGGGUUACCUUAUUCUUACAUGUACUGGAGAGACUAAAGACUGUUUCGUAAUGUAGGCCUUAAAUCGAGACUCAAAACAAGAAAAUUGGACUUGGAACGAAACUGGAUAAAGUUUGAAGAAAAGAAGGCAAAUAAUAAAAAGCUGUAUUCUAUUAAAUAAUUUAGCUUAAAAAUAGAUGUUAUUAUGUUGAAUAUAGACUGUCAUAAUUACGAUGAGAUGUCGGAAAACAUUUCCCAUUUUGAUAUAUUUGUCUUUCUGAAAGACACAUAUUUAACUUCGAUAUAAUUUCAUUUUUAGAUUGCACUUAGAGUGAAUGUGAAGGGAUUGUACAUUAUGGAGAAAGGGAGAAAUCUCAGAUAAUUCUACAGCUUCAGGAGGUAUUAUACUGACCAUCUGUGUUUGCUUACAACAAACAUUAGAAACGAAUCACUAAAGAACUAGGAAAACAGAACAUGGGUCAUUAUUUUGAUCUACUAUACUCAUUAUGAUUUGUAUCAAGUAGCUUCAUUAACAUAGGGGGUUUUAUGAGAGUAUCUUUAGACAUCACUAGCUUUUGGACCUUCAAAGAGUCACUUUCCGCAUAUAAGAGAUAGAAUAAAGAUAUGAAUAAAAAGCAAAAUAAUGCGUAGAAUUUGGGAAAGAACUGAAAAGUAAAUAUCAUUAGAUUCGUUCGUGAAUUAAAUAAAUGUGUACAUACCUGUUUACUCGUAUCGCUUAUGAAUGUAAAGAACACAGUUCGUUGAUAUUCAAGGGGUCUAUAAGAUAUCCAAUACAUAUAUCAUAUUAUCAUGCAGUUGAAAAAAAAUAUGAUUUUUAUAUAACUAGUGUUAUGUAAUUUUACUGAUAGCGACGCAUUAACUUCGUUAGAUAAUAGGAAAGGUUUCAGAUAGUUUUAUUUUAAAAAAUGAAGAGACAUUAGGUUAUUCCAAAUUAGUGAUUUUAUAUAGACAUGUAUGAAUUCAUGAACUCAAAAUAAUUAUUUACUUUUUUUCUCUCAUUAUUAUGCAUUCCUAACUUCACCCCUUCUUGGAAACCGAGACACUGCAAACUUUGGUCAACACAGUUUCCCGACAUUCAUUCUCUCAGCAACAAUGUAAAAUACAUAGAUCUAUAAACGAUUACCAUCUUAAUGCCUCACGAAAAUGAUAUAAAAAUUGUGUACACAACUGAAAAAUAUUGUAAAGAAUCCUAUUCCAGACUAUGUUCAAAAUGAUUCCAUAAACAUUUUUGAUUUUUUUGUUAUUGAUUUUAUCACAAGUUUUAUCACUAGUUUCAUUUUGCAGUAAACUGAAAUUAUUUCCUGAAGUUUGAACCUAUUUUUAAUUAUUCCAAACAUUGAUUGGAUAUCACUAUGAAAAUCACAAAAAAUGAACUUGACAUAUGUACAACAUAUGCAAAGGAUCUGAAAAUAAUGAAUGAUUGCAUUUAUGAAAAUCAAAAUAUUAACAGGAUAAGAUAACUUUCGACGACAGUAUUCAAUUUUUGUUGGUAUUGUAUAAUUGUAUAUUUAACGUAAGAAUCGGAUCCUUCCAAACAAAACUUGUAUGAAAGCAGUAUAUGAUUCCUAAAGAGGAAUCCUGACACAUGUAUACAAUUUUAUGUACUGUAGAGGUAUAGGCCUAUGCAAAUACAUAUUUGAUAUACGAAAAUUUAAACAAGCACCUAAAUCUAAUCAUGAAUCAAAGUGCUAUUACUUUGAGGGAAAAUAUUCGGCAACGUUUCAAAGUGACAAACCCAUCAUAAUCAGAUCAUCCAGAUUAUGUCUAGUGAGACUGCGUUCAUUCCAUUCAUUAUUGCUUCAGCUGUUUGAGCUAAGAACGCAUGAAUAAUAAUCUCAAUGAAGUUAUGAUUAUUUAACAUUUAUCAAUAAAACAAUUUAGCUA